AUGAACGACCAAGAUUUUGAUAUCUCCGAAGAAGUGCUUAAUCUCUCCACUAAUCGCUGGAUCAAGAAGAAUGGGAAAUUAUACAAAAGGUUGCUACGUGACAGUUAUAAAUACGUUGAAGAUCUUUCGUAUUAUUUAGAAGAUAUUCUUCCAAUAGAUACUGACAAAUAUGGCACAAUUCAUCUCUUAGCUGAUUUUUAUUAUUCGGCUUUGAUCCUACCCCUUUCUACUUUAACGGUAAGAAGAGAUCUAUGUAGAAGAUAUCCGAUUUCUGUAGGUACUGUUGUGGAAGGAGGAAUGAGUCUAUUCACUAAAGAAAAAAAUGGAAAAACAUUUUUAGAAAACUUGAUCAGAAUGAAUUAUUCCAGCUUAUCUGCAUUAUUAGAAAUGCGCUGGGAAGAUAAUGAAAUAUGGGAAUGGAGGGAUAAUAUACUUACAAGAUUUCUUCAUCACCCGAAUUUAAUCCUGUCAAAAUAUAGACCAAAUGCCUUAUACGAUGCAUUCAGUAAAGCUGGCGUUCUAGGUCCAGAACAUAUACUUGUUAUAGCUCAAACACUGCGAUAA